AUGGUGGACUGUAUCAUUUGCUGCAAAGAAGUUUUGAAGGCAAGCCCCAAGUGGGCUGAUUUUGAGAAGAAAUUGGAAGGCAAAACCAAGAAGCGCAAACCAAGACCGGGUGGACACAAGAAAGGCAAGCAGGAAAAGAAGGAUCAAGAGAUGGUGAAGAACAUCCUCCAGAUUACAGAAGAGAAGAGCGCAGAAAAGUCGCACAGAGAGAACAAGGAAAUCUUUAUGCAGAAGAUGGGAAACGACUUGGAUCUUCUUACCAGAAGCAUCGCCGACAGGAACGACCAACAGAUUUUGGAAUACUGUUCUCCUCAGUCUCGCCGUGACUUUGCGAAGCAAAUCAUGAAACAGCGUCUUAAGCGCAUUAAGUUAGAGAAUGCGAAGAAGACGUUGAAGUUGUCCAGUGUGACCUCUUCUUUGACCAGCGAUACCGGCUCAGAUGGGUCUGUACAUAUUGACAGGGUUGUUCCUGCUGUGAUUGCUACUGCCAAUGAAAGUCCUGGUGAGAAGCAAGAACGUCUGGAGAUGCAACGUCAAAUCAAAGAAGAGAAAGCUCAUGAUGCCGAUGCUGAGGUGACCAAUGAAUUCAUCUAUGAAGCUUAA